AUGGGGAUCAGUGGCCUUCUUCCCUUCCUUAAAUCUAUCCAACAGCCUACACAUAUAAAAAAGUGGAAGGGCAAAAGGGUCGCCGUAGAUGCUUAUGGAUGGCUCCAUCGUGGAAUUAUAUCGUGCGCCGUUGAUCUCGCCCUUGACAAACCAACUACAAGAUAUGUCGACUACGCCAUGCAUAGGGUGCGAAUGCUUCAACAUUAUGGAGUUACCCCUUACCUUGUGUUCGAUGGUGACUAUUUACCGGGCAAAAAAGGGACAGAGCUUGAUCGUGAAAAGCGGCGGAAGUCUUCUCGAGAAACAGGACUAGAAUUACUUCGUCUCGGGCGAGCAUCACAGGCCCAGUCAGAGUUACAGAAAUCGAUCGAUGUCACACCUCUUAUGGCACGGCGCCUUAUCGAUGAGCUUAAGAAGGCGAAUAUACCAUACAUCGUUGCACCCUACGAAGCUGACGCACAGAUGGCUUACCUCGAACGUAUCGGCGAAGUUUCUGCAAUACUUUCCGAAGACUCGGACCUGCUCGUCUUCGGGGCGAAAUGUCUGCUCACAAAACUAGGCCAAUACGGCGAGUGCAUUGCCAUACAUCGGUCAGAUUUCCCCGGAGUAUCCGGGGCUAGUAUGGCUGGUUGGUCGGAUUCAGAGUUCUGCAGGAUGGCCGUCCUGAGCGGCUGUGACUAUCUUGGGAAUAUACCCAAAAUGGGCAUAAAAACUGCCUACAAAUUUGUUCGGAGGUACAAGUCAGCCGAUAAGAUCGUUAGGGCAAUCCGUAUGGACGGUUCCUUCGCCGUUCCUGCCUCCUACGAAAAGGACUUCAUCGCUGCAGAAAUGACCUUCAAGUACCAGCGAGUCUAUUGUCCACUUUCGUGUCAAUUAAUAUCUUGCAAUGGUGACAUGACCCUACCAGAUGAUGUAGGGGCCGAGCAAGAGCGGAAUUUUGGGGGCAUAUACGACGCAGAAACCGCAUGUAAAGUUGCAUCUGGAGAACUUGACCCCAUCACUAAACUUGAGCUUGAGCUUGGGCCGGCUCUAAUGUCUAUCCCUCCUCCUCCUCCCUCCAAGGCACCUCCGCGUGCAGCCUUAGCGGAAAUCACCAGUUCCCGUAACAACCUCGCUUCGUCUCGGGAACCCACCAGCGCAAACACCCACAAAACGAGUCUAAAGCAAGCCGUAACGCCAAAAGUUCUCCUGGGAGCGGAGAAAAAGAAACGUAGGUUUUGUACGGAGGUCGAGAACGACAAUACCCAGGAUAUAGAUUAUAGCCCAUUCUUCACAAAACCAUCAAAGUCCGUUAAGACACUCGCGAAAGAUACCAUCUCCAAACCAACAAACCUUUUCAGUCUUAAGAAGAAUAGGACUGAAAGUCUCUUGAAAUCGCCAGAUUCUAGCUUUCAAUCUAUGUUACGAACCAGGAGCGCAAAUAGAGUAGUCCGUCUUCGAACCAAAGCUCCAGUCGGAGCGCCACCCGAGCCAAAAUCUGAUGGAAGCCCCCCCUUCAAGAUGAUUUCUCUCGCGUCCUUCCGCUUUGGAGCAGACACCUCAAGUGGUAGUUUGGGUGCGCAUCCGUCUACUGCUAACCCGGAGGACAAAGAAAACCGGUAUCUUGUCCACUGA